GCGGGGUCUCGGGGGCCCCGCUCCCGCCCUCCGCUCGCCUAGCCCGGACCGGAAGCGGCGUCGCACGGCCUGGGCCUGGCGCAGGGGGCGGGCACCGGGGCCCGGUCGGACAUGGGCAAGAAGCACAAGAAGCACAAGUCGGACAAACACCUCUACGAGGAGUAUGUAGAGAAACCCUUGAAGCUGGUCCUCAAAGUGGGAGGGAACGAAGUCACCGAGCUCUCCACGGGCAGCUCCGGGCAUGACUCCAGCCUCUUAGAAGACAAAAACGAUCAUUACAAACACAAGGACCGAAAGCGGAAAAAGAGAAAGAAAGGAGAGAAGCAGGUUCCAGGGGAGGAAAAGGGGAGAAAAUGGCGACGAAUAAAGGAAGAUAAAAAGAAGCGAGAUCGGGACGGCAUGGACAAUGAGGCAGAAAAAGACCUCCAGUGUCUGGCCCCUGUAGGAUUAGACUUGCCUCCUGAGAAGCCUCUUGCAAGCUCUUUAGCCAAACAAGAAGUAGUAGAACAGACACCCCUUCAAGAAGCUUUGAAUCAACUGAUGAGACGACUGCAGAGGAAAGACCCAAGUGCUUUCUUUUCAUUUCCUGUGACUGAUUUUAUUGCUUCCAGCUACUCCAUGAUCAUUAAACACCCAAUGGAUUUUAGUACCAUGAAAGAAAAGAUCAAGAACAAUGAUUACCAGUCCAUAGAAGAACUAAAGGAUAACUUCAAACUAAUGUGUACUAAUGCUAUGAUUUACAACAAACCAGAGACCAUUUAUUAUAAAGCUGCAAAGAAGCUAUUGCACUCAGGGAUGAAAAUUCUUAGCCAGGAGAGAAUUCAGAGCCUGAAGCAGAGCAUAGACUUCAUGGCAGACUUGCAAAAAAGUCGAAAGCAGAAAGAUAGACACGUUGCAGAGUGGGGAGGACAGCGGCUGCUGGCCAAGAGAGAGGGAAGACUCUGGAGACACUGAGGCACAAGGCUUCAAGAGUCCCAACAAGGAAAAUAAAAAGUAAAGAAUCUUUGGAAUAUUAAGGUUAAGCUGUCUUUUUCACACCAGUAUCGGGAGAAAAUACUGAUUGGGGGCCUGCCUUGGGUCCAUGGUUGGUUGGGUUUUGUCCUGAAAGUCCAUUUUGAUGAUUUGAUACCCCUCUUCUCAUGCAAAGCAUUAUAUGGAA